AUAAAGUCCAGGCUGUCAGUACUGCUUCAGCUGAAGGAAGCGACUGAAUGGACAACUCUGUGACUGAAGACAUCCAAGGAAAAGAUGAUCUUCCUCAUCCUGCUGCUCCUCUUCCUCACCCCCUGUGUCUCUGGAACAUUUGUAGUGAAUGUGACUCAGACUUCCUAUCAGGCAGAGGAGAACCAGAACAUCACCCUGGAGUGGACCUUCAGCUCCAGAACAGACACUUCUCUCAGAUCCAUUUCUACCAUCUGUCAGCUUUAUACAUAUAUCAGAACCUACGUCCUGUUUCAUCUCCAUCAAGGUGUUGAAUCCCCAGAGUCUCAGGAUCCAGAGUUUGCAGGACGAGUCCAGUGGGACAAAGACGUCCUCACAGAAGGACGCCUCACACUUCAUGUCUCCAGACUCAGGACCAAUGACUCUGGGUUUUAUGUUUGUGACAUACUCGUCACACCUGAUGGGAGUAACUCUAGGAGAUGCUGGCUCAACGUCACUGCAGCGACACAUUGGAACAAACCUGAGACUCCAAACACAGAAAGAAGGGGAAGGAUUGGCCUCUACUCAGCGUUAGCACUGGUUUCUGUUCUACUUGCUCUGAUUGGCUGUGUGCUUCUUAACUUCAGACGACAACCAGCCAGUGAAGAAGGUUCAGACUCAGAGACAGGCAACAGUUCAGCAGGUGGACCAAUAGAAACAGUUUGACACUAUCUGUUACAUUAAUGCUCAUCUAAAGAAAUGUGCACACUCCUGCACAAUACUUACUCUUUAGAUCUCCAGCGCUCUGACACUUUACUUAAAGUAUACUGUACAUCUUAUCUUUCUUUCGUUGAGAGAUAAACUAAAAUGACCAAAUGUGAUUUCUGAGAGAAUCUGUACCAACCAAAAUCUUUCUAAUGUGAUUUAUUUAUAGGCUGGAAUCUCUGCUGCAUUCUGACACAUAUUUAACAAAUACUGCACCUCCUUUGAUUUGGAUAAGUCCAUAUUGCUGUUUCGUUGGAUUGUUCAGCCUUAGCCUACAUAUGUGUGUUUGUAUAACGCUGUAGCUGUGAGGUCUAGAAUCUAUAAACAGCAUUUGUUACGUUAUACAGUAUUUAUCAUUUACUGUAAUCUUUCCUAUCGGAGUUGCUCUCGGUCUCCGUUACGUUGCUUCACUCCUGAUGAAAUAUUUGUUCUGUUUUCUUGCACUUUGUAUUGAAGUUAGACACUGUGACAUGUUUUGCAUAGUAAAUAUGUGAAGUUGUAGAAGAAUGAGACAAAGAAAUGUUGUUUUUAAUAAGCUUUAUUGGACGUCUGCAGGCAGACCUACCUGAUGUUGUUUUCAUUCUGAAUGCCUAUUUGUUUAUUGUGAGAUGUUUGAAAGCCAUGUUGUUUUGUACAGUUAAAAAUAAAUCUUUUGAAUGUACAGAGUGGUGUAA